GUUUUUCAUCUCCAGCUCAGCCACGCUUCAUUCAGACGACACACAGACACCCUGCAGGGGCCACACGUCACCCUCAUGGGGAACCAGAAGAAUCCCUGGAUCUCUGCUCUGGUCUUGGUGGGUCUUCUACACAAAGUUAGUGGACUAUCCAAUAUCCAGGUCUGUAACCCAGCUGUAAGUGACACUAUACACAACUAUGGUGUGAAAACCCUAAAUGGGACCCAGUACAUCCCAUUCUCCCAUUAUGCUGGAAGGCAUGUCCUCAUUGUCAAUGUGGCCACCUACUGAGGACUCACCUUCCAGUAUGUGGAAUUGAAUGCACUGCAACAGGAGCUCCGAGAUGUUGGAUUCACCAUCCUCGGGUUUCCAUGCAACCAAUUUGGGAUGCAAGAGCCUGGAGAAAAUAAUGAAAUUCUUUCAACAUUAAAGUAUGUCCGUCCAGGCAAUGGAUUUGUUCCAAAUUUCCAGUUAUUUGAGAAGGUGGAUGUGAAUGGAGUCAAUGAACACGCUCUUUUCACAUUUUUAAAGAAUGCCUGCCCACCUGUGGGAGACAGCUUCGGUAACCCCACCAACAGAUUGUUUUGGGAACCUCUCAAAAUCAACGACAUCAAGUGGAACUUUGAGAAGUUUCUGGUGGGUCCAGACGGCAGACCUGUAAUGAGGUGGUUUCCCAGAGUGAACGUAUCUGAAGUUAGGGCAGAUAUCUUAAAAUACUUCCGUCAGCUUGUUCAAAAGGCUGAUUAACUUUAAAACAGUGGAUUUAAUUGCACAUUCAUCUCUCUCUCCAGCAUAAAAUGUAAAAAUAGUCAAAACAGGGUUUCUGCAGGUUUUAUGAAGGGAAAUUUAACACAGUUUAAAAACAGUUAAAGUAAAUGUAAAGUAUAAAUGGAGUGAAAGCGAUAAGUCAAUGUUUUCGAAAUCUUAAUGUCUAGGGAGCCUCAGUAUUUCUUGUUUUCCCGUGCAAAUGUCUAAAGAUGUCUUAAGAGUCUUAAAACAGGGUGUAUAGAAAAGCGAAAAGAUAAAUUGAUCGGCUCAGAAAAAUCUACUUAAGUCAAGUCUUCAUACUCUAUUGACAGAUAUUUGUUCUUGUUUCACAUUAACUCACUUCAUUUUGUUCAAUUUCUCAGAAAACAAGACUUCACUUCUCAAGUAAAUGUAUCUUUAUUUUAAGGAUGUUUAGAAAUUUGUACUGGAAAAAAAGACAAAAAUGGUGAGGAAGAUAAUCUUGUUUUGUUUUUUUCCUCAGGUGCAUGCAAUGUUUAAUGCCAUUAUUUUAUGAAUUUAACACUUUCUACUCUCAUUUAAGAAUUCACAAAUUCCUUAAUUUGUAGAAGGCCGAAUAAAGACUUUUUAAGACCUGCAGAAACCCUGUAAAAGCAAGAUUACAUGUGGCAAAGUUAAAAAUUGUAAACCUUUGUGAAUUGGAUUAUUGUUACAAGAAUUUGAACAGUAUGAAAUUGAAGUAAAGGGAUUCUCAGAGGCUGUCAAUGGGUCGGUUUGGAGACUGGCAUGUUGAUGACGGGAAGGCUUGAAAACAGACACACUGUGGUGCCCGACCUGAGGUCGAGGGCCAGCGGGCAGCUCUUUAGUGCAUUCAGGCUGCUCUGCUGUUGCUUUUCGAUCAUGUCUCAUCUCCUAAACAAUCCUUUGAACUUGCUGCUGCCUCUGUGGACAUUCAGUAAAUAAAGACCGAAAUGCAAGAAACAAAAUGUUUCCUUCUGGUUAUUGCGUGUCAGGGUGAUAUGGUGACUCUCACAAAAUAACAUUUGGAGGUUUAGACAGUUAGAAUAUAUUUAUUAUACUAAUCAAUUACAAAAGUUUCACAUGAGGUCUGCUUUCACCCACUGGAGAAAAAGAGUCAUUCCAAAAAGCACAAAACUGCCAACCAGUAAUUGAUGGAAACGAGUAAAUGAAGCACACAUCUCAGAGUGCAAUCCAGCUCAAAGACAUUUCAACUUGAAAACACUAAUCUUAACUCGUUCUGUUCAUUAAAUUCAACCACAUGUCCAUAAAAUAAAUGCCUACCUAUUUUUUUUUGGACAUUUACAUGACAUAUCACACCGUUUCAAAGCAAAUGAGCUGCUCGCCAUUGGGAAUAUUUUGUGAGCAUACAAACCGUUUUGCGUUUGGUUCAAACCAUUGGUCAGUAAGGUUGGAGACACUGCACACAUGCGGAAAAACAGCCUUUGUGAUGGCAGAUGACCGUAAAAACAAAGGA